UGCUGGCUGAUCUUGUAAAUGACACUAACAUCCAGCCUGUUGACAGUGACAGAGGAUGCUGCCCAGGAAAACGGUGUCUUUUCCCUCCUUUAGGUCUCCACUGAAUUCCCGACAAAGAAAUGAACCACAACUGGACCGAACCGAGCAGCCAUGUCGGCCUCAGAGCGAAAAAAGCGAGGACAAGCGAGCCAAAAGUAGAAGAAAAAAAGCAAAUCCCUCAGCUUUGAAGGUAAAAUUAGCAAAAGUUAGUCCAAACUCGCCAGCGAUCCCGAAAACAUCGAGAAGAAGAUUGACCUUGGAGCCUACGACACCCAAGACUAAUAUUAACCAAGGUUCUGGUACCUCUCCUGCUCUCGUCGAUAGGGACGUUUUCCUUUUCUCUCCAGCAUCCCAGACCAAAACUACAAACGAGAAGGACAAGGCCAGACUGUCGGUUCUCAGGACCAUCUCCAGGAUGCUGGAGGAGAACCUGCUCAUCAGGAGGAGACUUGAAGUCCUCAGCCAGGCCAGAUGAGCUUGGUUGCUCAUUACAAAAACGGGUUAUUCUUACAAAACGUUCUAACCGUUUUAGUUUCAGAAGCACUGACUGCUUUAAUCUGCAGGAAAGCUGAGAGGUUCAAAAUAGAUAAGCAUGUUUAUUUAUUUAUUAAGUUUAAUAUAUAUUUAAUUUUAUUUACAAAUGUUCAAAUAUUUAAGCUUAAUUGAGGGUGAUUGAGUCAUUAUAAUAAGCUUCUGGCGUUACAAGUGUUCAAACAUGUUGGAAAGCCGACAUGAAUGCAGUUUAACACAGUGAUAUGUCUAAAACAUUUGUUCUUUGUGGGUUUUCAUUGUAGCUGCAGAAUUAAAAUCGUUUUUCCAUUGCUGAGUAGAAUUUAAACAUUUCAGCAGUCUGUAAAACGACUCAGUUAUAAUAAAAGUUAUAUCAAAUAAGAA